AUGAGUAGCCUCAAAGAUCGAGUGAUCAGGCUCUUCGAACGCCUCAAGGCGUCUCGGAUUCUUCUUGUCGAGUGGGAGACUACCCUUUGGAUCCGGUUAGGCAACCGUGCUCUUGCAUGGAACGGAAGCCUGUUUCUUCUGGUUCCGGACCAUCAGUUCCAACAAGUCCUCAACCUCGCCAUCGAUGCAGGACUAUCCCCCGCAGAUGAGGACACCCUACCUUCAAUAUACCCGUGCGAGAUGCUCCGUUGUGCAGUCCGUUUCCUUAUCGAUGAAUCUCCCUCCACAGAAGGUCAACCGCGGCGCAGGCUCGUCUUUUUGCCCAUGUUCUGGACGGGGAUUACGCGUGGGGAGAUCGUGCCACGCUCCACUGGCGCCGACUCCAAGGAGUACUACCCACCACUGCCAAGUUCUAUCCAGACGGUGCCUCUGUCGGUUGCAGUUGCUGCCCUGUGUCGCAUUGCUAACCGCGAGAAUGGGCCAAGUCGACUGCGAACAGAUGUUCUUGAAACCAUUUCUGGCUUGACUUCAGGCGGCCGCCGAUAA